AUGGAAUCUGUUUAUAAAUUAUCGGCAACUUUAUCGUCAUCAAAAUCAAUAACCAAAGAAAAAGUAAAUGUUUCAGAUAUGGAUUCAUUAACAGGCUCAAUGUUGAGCUCAUACAUUUCAAAAGAAUCGUCAUGUAGUGGUUUUUCAGAUGAAAGUGCAAUGAGAGCAGUUUAUGGUGGCACAACAAUCAAAGAUUCAAAAACUAAAAAAACAUUAACUAGGGAAGAAAGAACUGAAAUAAGAAAAAAAGAAAUUGAUUUAACUUUUAGAGCAAUUAGGGCUUCAGAGUGCGUUGACUUAUUAUUUAUUUUAGACUGUACAGGUUCAAUGGAUCUAUAUAUUGAACAAAUUAAAAAAGAUAUUGUAAAUCUUCACGAAAAUCUAAAAUUAAAAUAUUCCUACCUUGAUAUGACUUUUGGUUUUAUUAGAUAUACCGAUUUUGAUCAAGGUAACACAAAAACAUCAUUAUUACCAUUAACAAAAUCAACGAAAGAAUUUGUUGAUUUUUUAGAAUUAAUUAAAGCAGAAGGUGGUGGUGAUGGACCAGAAGAUGUUUUUGGUGGUAUGGAUUUAAUAAAAACAGUUCCAUGGAGACUAAAUAGUACUAGAGUAGUUAUUCAUAUUGCUGAUGCACCAUGUCAUGGUUCAGAAUACCAUGAUUUCCGUGAUGAUCAUCCAGAUGGGGAUCCAAAUGGAAUUUUAUUAGAUUCUUUAUUAGAAGAUAUUAGUAGAUUAAAAUUAAACUAUUAUUUUGGUCAUAUUAAUUUGUUAAAUACUGGUAAAAUGAUUGAUAUUUUUGAUAAAAGAAUUAGAGAAAUUUCAGGGAAUCAAACUUAUAUAAGUUCAUUCGAUUCAAAAGAUACUUCAACUAUAAAUGAAAAAAUUUUUCAGUCAAUUGAAAAAUCAAUUUCAACUACUAAAUCAAAAAUAACAGCACAUUAUUUAAAAAAAGGUGAAGCUGAUACAAUAAGAAAAUAUACUAUUGUAAAAGAAGAACCUGAUUAUGCAAAAUUAACAUUUGUUCCAAUGCUACAAAAAAUAUUUAUGAUGCCUACCGAUAUUAUAGCUUGUUUAUCAAGUACAUACGAAAUGAAAUUAAAUACAAAAACAAUUUCAAUUAAAAUGUCAGAACAUCCAUUUUCUCAGGGUGCCACCCGUUUAGCAUAUUUUGGAAUAGAUGAAAAUGGGAGAAAAAUUGUUUUAAAACAAUUUAAAUACUUGGGAAGUAAACAUAAUUCAAAAAAAAGAUAUUUUGAAUCAAUGGAAUGUCAAACUGUUGCAGGAAAAUUUUCUUUAGAGUUUAAUUCAUUAAGAAAAUCUGAUGAUAUUAAAUUUGCUGUUUCAAAAGUUUUAGUAGUUAAAGAUUCCGAAGAACCUAUAUAUCUUUCUGUAGAAUCAUUUAUUGAAGGUACAUAUGAAAAAUUCAAUAGUAAUCAUGGUUAUACCAAAAGUGAUGAUGAAUUUUCAGAAAUUACUCAAACUUUUUCACACUGGACCCAUCAUAUUUCAAAAGGUAAUGCAAUUGUUGUUGAUAUUCAAGGAGUUAAAACAAACAGCAAAAAAGAUGGUAAAACAUGUUUCCUUUUAACUGAUCCUGCAAUUCAUACACGAGAUAUAUUAAAAUAUGGUUCAACUAAUUUAGGUUUACCAGGUAUUAUUAAAUUUUUCGAAACCCAUAAAUGUAAUGUCCAUUGUCAUGAAUUAGGGUUAAAAACACCAUAUUUUAAACCAACUAUGAAAAAAUAA